AUGGGAGGGCUACCCUUCGUCGGAAAAUACAAGAGAAGCCUUGUUCGUCCGGCCCGUGCCAGGCGUGUCGCAACUUGGCGUUCAGCGGAGUACAAAUGGGAGCAGCGGCUGCAACACCGACUCAAAGAUGAGAGCGAAUACGAAUACUACACAAAAUGGGAGGACUACCCUUCGUCGGAAAAUACAAGGGAAGCCUUGUUCGUCCGGCCCGUGCCAAGCGUCGACGUCUGUCGCAACUGGGCGUUCAGCGGAGUACAAAUGGGAGCAGCGGCUGCAACUCCGACUGAACGA